GAAGCGGCCGCUUGGCCUCGAUACCAUCUAUGACAGCUGGCGAUCACAACCUUUAACACAACAAACGUAAAACCUUUCUAAGAAGCAUUGGACAACCUUCUUCUAUGGGAUUUUAAGUCUUUCAGUCAGGAAUGAAACGCGUGUGAACAUUGUAUAAAGACUUGUUGUGUCAUGUGAUAUUGUACAAAAGCUGUUUUGCAUUCGAGGCUUUCAUAGCGGUAGAGCGAGGUGCGCUGCGGAAUAUGUUCUCUUUCAGAUACAAUUAUGAAAAUAACGUAGAUAAAAUGGAGGAUGUAGAAACGUAAGGAGUAUGAUAAAUGGAGGUUCCAUGGAGUCGCGCGGGCACGUAAGCCAGGCCUUGCCUACCAAAUACCGCGCUGACUAUAAAAACUGCUCGCAGUCACUCCCGCUUGAUAUUCUAUGGUUACCUCGUUCGGCGUUUCGACCAGCAGACGGCGACCUGGCGGACUGUGUUCUUGUGGUGGGAGUGUCGCGGCCGAAGUUAGCCGCGGCCCUCCUAUCCGUCACUCUGCUUUCUCUCUUUCUCACAUUCCACGUAUUAUAUGACAGUGCAUUAUACAGCAUUCAGGCCGCGAGUAUUGCUUCAGCCGCCAGCGAAGGUCGAAAAAUAUUACAAAAUCAAGAGAGCAGUCGCACGAUAAGCCAUCCUAUGGCUUUGAGGAAACGGUUGAAAAUUCCACGGGCUCCUCGACCCAUUCGUAGACUACCCCAGGCCCUUAUAAUCGGAGUGCGCAAAUGCGGAACGCGUGCAUUACUUGAGAUGCUUUACCUCCAUCCGAUGGUGCAGAAGGCUUCAGGGGAGGUGCACUUCUUCGAUCGUGACGAGAAUUACGCUCUGGGUCUCGAAUGGUACAGGAGUAAGAUGCCUCUGUCCUUCAAGGGACAGAUAACGAUUGAAAAAAGCCCGAGUUAUUUCGUUACUCCGGAGGUCCCAGAGCGCGUUCGAGCGAUGAACUCAUCUGUGCGUCUCUUACUCAUCGUCCGGGAGCCAGUCACUCGAGCGAUAUCUGAUUACACCCAACUUCGAAGUCGUGCAACUCCUUCUGCGCCAGCCUUAUCCUCUGCGGGCCAUCCUCUACCGGACGCCGCGAAGCCUUUCGAGCAUCUCGCCAUAACACCGGAUGGAGCUAUUAAUGUUGCUUACAGGCCCAUAGCCAUAUCUCUUUAUCACGCGUACUUACACCGAUGGCUGGAGGUAUUCCCACGUGAGCAAAUCUUGGUUGUGAAUGGCGAUCAGCUGAUUGAAGAUCCUGUACCUCAACUUCGACGGAUCGAAAAAUUCUUGGGCCUUGAACAUAAAAUAGGUAGAAAAAACUUCUAUUUUAACGAAACAAAGGGGUUCUACUGCCUGCGAAAUGAUACGACGGACAAAUGCCUUCGUGAGACAAAGGGCAGAAAGCACCCAAGGGUAGACCCAGCUGUUGUCACGAAACUUCGAAAAUUCUUCGUUCAACAUAAUCAACGGUUUUAUGACCUCGUUGGCGAAGAUCUAGGAUGGCCCGAAGAUUAAUUUUAGUAAAUAUUUUAAGAUGGAAGUGCCUCUAUGCUGCAUUUACAUGUGAGUCAAUUGUCAAAACAUUUAAGUUGUCUAUUACAAACUGUAAUAUGUUAAAGAAGGUUUUAAUGUCAUUUUAAUUUUUUAUAUAUUAGUGUUUGUUGAUAACAGUCGUAGUUUUGGCUAUGUAAUAUAGCAUCUAUGUAACGGAACUUAAUGGAACUUUACUCCUGGUACUGCAGCAUAAUGGCACGUCCAAUACUGUCUUACCUGUGAACAACAUAUCAAUGUAACUAAUACAUAUCACUAGUUAAGGAAAUUUUUAAAACGUUUAUAUAUACAUUUUAGCAUAAAGUAGCUUAUUAGCGUAAAGUUGGCUGUUCUUUUGUUUAUAAAUCUGUUAUGGGAGCAAAAUUUUAGAAUUUAGUUCGUUAGCCUUAGUUCCUUUAGUGUUUUAUACAGAUAUAUAGGAUUAAAUAGUGAUUUGUAAGCCGUACCCACUGAAACCCUGAGCAAUAUAUUUUUAUAUAUAAGUGCAGCCCUUAUACAACGUUUAGAUUUACAGAUUUUACAUGUUCUUUUAACGUUUAAGAUAAAUGUACAUUUCGCUUUCUCUUUAGAUGUCGUUGCUCGUGCGUAUUUUAAAUCUUAAUGUGGUUUUAGUCAUUUUCCUACAGUCUUAGAAGUUUGUCCGUUUCAUAGCGAACUUAAUGAUAACUAUAUUACAAAAACUAGACGUUUCUUGAGAAAUAUCAAUGUCUAUAUGCUAUCAUAUGUGAUAAAACGCGAUAAUGCUUAGAUCACUAAUUUUAAAUUUUGACGGAUUGUUCGACGCGGGUUUUAGAGUAUUUCUAUUUAAGUGUAACGUCCAAGACUGAAGAGUUAGUUAAGUCUAAAGUAAUGCCUAUUUAGCAUUAAAUGUCCAUAAGUAAUGCGAGAAGAUCCCGAGAUCAUGACACAAAGCUACGUACCAAUUUCAAUUUAUUUGCUCGACGUUUGAAUAAAUCAAUAAUUUUAAAAUUGUCGCAACUUUCCAUUUCUCUUUCAAUUCUGUCAGCGAUAGGAAUUCAAGAACUUUAAAAGUUAAUAUAAAAGUAAUUAUAUAAAGAGACGCUUAAUUAGGGUUAGUUUUUAUUAUAUUGAUUUAUUUUAUGUUUGUCUGAAUGUGGAGAAAUUAUUUUCACUUUUGGAUAUUGUUCUGUCCCGGGAAACUUUCAUUUAGCACAGACGUGCAAAAUGCUGUCAUUUGUCUAUGAACGCUCCACGGAUUACGAUAUUAUAUAUAAAAUAAAAAACCUUUUACCUCCUUUCUUUGUGAAAUUUUAUAGUCGUCGAGUAAAUAAAUGAAUAGAAUUAAGAUCGAGCACUCGAAUUUUGAAUACAGUUUUUUUAGAUAUAUACGCUUCAUCCAAACUUCACGAUCAACGAAUAUUUGUAUAAUUUUAAUUUUACAAAUAAAGCACGAAAGAUACGAUACAUUGUGAUUAUGUCUUUUAAUAGUCCUAGUUAGAAAUAAAGAGUGUUGAUCACUAUGUUGGGACGUUUUACUGGAAUACCUUUAAAGAUAAAAUAACUUUAUUCGAAUUUAGUAAAUACUUGUCGUCUUCAACUAUUGAGGAGAAAUUAAAAAAAAAUACAUUUUCAAUUUUAAAUAUUUAUAAUUUGAAAUCCCAUAAUAACACGAUGUUCCAGAAAAAUGUUCCACACGAGAAUAUCAAGCAUAUCAAAUUAAUGUCGGUUAAGUUUGUAGGUUAAAAAUUCUAAUUUAUCAUGUUAUUAGUUAAGUAUAAAAGUUAACUUGGGUUAAGAUAAUUCAAUAGUUACCGAUAGAUAUAAUUUAAUCACUGUUGAAUGUUGUGCACGUAUUGAACGUAGUUUGUUCUUAUUAGGGCAGUAAUUUUAUACUAAUUUAAAUGUUAUUGAGAGCACAGACGACUAUCUGUCUAAAGUAUUAACAUAUAUAUGUUAGCAAUAAAUUUAUACAUUUCUCCUGACAAGGUUCGUGUGAAAACAAACGUGUUAUUGAUGAUACAAUAGAAAGUCGUUUUUUUAACAUAAAUAAAAAUAGUUUUUCCUUUGUGUGUGUGUGGUUCCUUUCAAAUGUUUAAUGCGUGUGUGCUGUGGCUUUAAUUGGCCCUAGCUCAGCUUUAUGCUGAGGAGCAGAAUGUUCCACAGCGCUGGUCAUUCUUCCAGACAACACAAAGGCACCAAAAAAAAUGUAAUACAUACUUAGUAGAAAAAAAGGAUAAUAAAAGUUACCAGGUAAAUAAAGGUACUUAGAAAGCCAUCUUGAAUCAAGAAACCGUGCGGAGUAAUAAAUAAAUAAAAAGCCUGUUUAAUUUUCAAUCUUGUUUUCUUCAGUACCGUCGAUCGGAACCGCUUCACGGGUAAAGGCCUCUUCAGCCUUUUUCAACUCACUCUGUCUAUGACUUUCUUUCUCUAUUCGCUUCCUGUAACCGCUUCUAAUUCUCCUAUCCACUUUUUUUGGGGCUCCCUCUUCUUCCCCCUUGUAUUUUCCAAAUAAUUGUGUUUUAAGUCGAUCUGAGUAUCUUUCUGUAAGCCCCGCCCAUUGCCACUUCUGUUUUCGGGACUAAUGUAAUGUUUUCUAAUUGUUUUAUAAUCGUUGUCGUUUAUACGUAUAUACAACGCUCGGUAUGACAACGAUAAUCGCUACGAAAAUCGUAGCACCUCUACGCUAUAAAUACAACAUAGCGUAGUUUCAGAGAGUUUGUUUCUCUCUCUUCUCUUCACCUCUCGGUGGAGACACGUGGAGAGUGAUAGUCUCCAUAAAAUUAGAUGUUAUAUUGAUUGAUGCUUUAGACAAGAUGGACGUUUGAGUUGUUCCUUAUAAAGAUCUCUUUAAUAAAUUAAUAAUUUACUUAUUUAUUUAGUUUAAAAUUUUA